GACUUACUGUACUUGCUUACUGCUACGACUUCGACUACUUGGUCACAUUUUGGAUUUGGAGGCGAUUAGCUUGCCGACUUCUUGUCGUCAUCUUCUGCUCCUGCAUCAUGUCGAUUGAUCUCUCCACGAACAGCGCCGAGCUGACGGAAGCGUACAACGCCGUCUGCAGCGACAACGAGACUACCAGCUGGCUCAUCGCUGAUUACAAGGGCAAGACCGAUACCCUGAAGAUUUACGACACUGGAGAUGGUGACUUUGACGAGUUUGCGGAGGAGUUUAAUGGCUCCAAAGUUCAGUAUGGCUUCUGCCGUGUCAAGGACCCCAACACGGGCAUUUUCAAGUUUGUCCUCGUAAACUGGUCUGGCGAAGGGGCUCCGGUCCUUCGCAAAGGCACCUGCGCAAACCACGUGCGGGACGUUGCCAAUUUUUUCCACGGUGCCCACGUGACCAUCAAUGCUCGCAACGAGGAUGAUCUAGAUACUGAUACCGUUCUCAAGAAGGUGGAAAAGGCUUCGGGCGCCAACUACAGCAGCCGCGAAAAGGCUCGUCCAGAGUUUGCCAACACCAACACAAGCGGACCGGUGGGCAGCACCUACAAGAAUGCCUAUCAAGCAGAGGGCUUGGCCAGUGCGUCAGAGCGUGGCCAGUUUUGGGAGGAACAGCAAGCCGAGGAGCGUGCUCGUGCCGCUGCUCUUGAGGCACAGCAAGCAGAGGAGCAACAGCGCAUCGACGCUGAGCGCCGACAGCUCGAGCAACAGAGUGAGGAGCGGCGGGCUGCCAUGAAUGCGGCCAACCCAGAACCCGAACCCGCUCCCGAACCUGCUUAUGAGCCAGAACCUGAACCUGCCUACGAGCCCGAACCUGAGCCUGCCUAUGAGCCAGAACCUGAACCUGCCUAUGAACCUGAGCAAGCGCAGGACGGUGCCUACGAAGCCGAACCCGAGAGUGUUUACGCCGAGGAUCUUGGUCUUCGUGCCGUGGCCCUCUACGAUUACCAAGCGCAAGAAGAGGGUGAGUUGACGUUUGACCCAGAUGACAUUAUUACCAACAUUGAUCAGAUUGAUGAGGGUUGGUGGCAAGGCGCCUUCAACGGCCAGUUUGGUCUGUUUCCUGCAAACUACGUGCAGCUUCUCGAGGAUUAAGAGCAAAACCGACGACGCCAUCAUUGUUUCCUAAUCGCGUCCGUACAGCUGUGUAUCCACUUGUCGCUCCUUUGUCUUUCUGUUGUCAUAUCAGAGACACCAAUAAUGAUUCAA